GGACAAUUUCCAAGAUGGCUGCCGCGAGUUUGUCCUUGAAUGGCUGCACUGAAAUAGAAAAUUUACUGGCUUUCUGCAAAAUACCAAAGGAAAGAGUACGCAUAGAAGAAUCUGGACAUGCUUCCUCUACUAAGGUGUGGAUUUUUUUAGUUUUUUUUUUUAGCUCCUGCAGUUUAGUUGAAAAUCAAAAUUGCCUUUCCGCUUAAUUUGGCCCGUUUCAUUAAGGUUUGUGCCUCUGUCGUGCCAAAAUUAGUUCAUAGAUUAUAACUAUAUGCUUCUGAUAUAUUAGAAUACAUUUUAAAAGCUGAAUUAACCGGAUUUUCUUUCAUUUUUUUUGGCCAAAAGCUAUUUUGUGUGACUGAAUUUAUUUCGACUUCUGAAACCAUGCCAUGCAUGCUUGAGUCGUGCUAACUAUGUUUGACUAAAGUUAAUCCAGCUUUUUUGCAUAACAUUUGAAACAGGCUUUAUUGUUAACCUGUCAGCAUUGGUUUCUGCAUGCUGGAACCUAUGGAACGUUUUCAAAGCCCAUUGAAGACUGGCAUAACUUAAAAGGAAAUGAAGUUUCUUCACUCGAUCAGUCAGUGAAUUGUCGACUUGAAAUAAGUUUUUUUUUGUUCAAUAAUGAGAUUCAAAUAAAUGACUUUGUAUGGGACUCAAAACUCUUGCUAAGGAAAGCAGGUUUUUAAAUAAGUGGUUCAGAUUUUUUCUUUGUUGAACAGAAACCAGCAAAAUUUUGGACAUUUUUUUCAAAAGUGCCAACAGAAAAUCCUUGAAGGUGUGGAAUUGCAGAAAGGUAGCUCAUGCUCAUUUACAUCUCAUCAAAUAACAAGAGAAUAAUAAAAUAGCACAUUUGUUAGCGUUGUUCUUUUUAGCACUCAAUUAAUUUCUCACAAUUCUGUACCUCACUGAAAAAAUCAUUGUUGUUGUCUUGACUAACAGACUCUUGAAGGAUGGCUUGUUUUAGGAGUUAAGACAUUUAUUCACCUAUUUAUUUAGUAGCCUGAGAAGCAGCCCAUGUUUGUCGACGCUACCACUGGUUUCCCUGCCAAAUGAUGUCUGGGAAACGAGUGCAGAAAUUCCAUACUGAUGAUGCGUCCCUAUCCAGAUCUGGGUAGUGAAGUGACGCAUCAUGAGUAUGAAAUUUCUGCGCUCGUUUCUCAGAUGUCAUUUGGUGGGGAAACCAGUAGUAGCGUCACCAAAUUAAUGUCGUCUGUUUUCUCAGCCUAUUUAUUUAGUAAUUUAAAAUUUAUUUUAGGUCCCAUACCUGACUCUAAGUUCUGGUCAAACAGUGCAUGGUGUGCGAACAGUGGCUUCUUAUCUUUCUGCCAUAUCAAGACAAACAUUGUUGGGUAACUCAGCUUUGGAGCAUGCUCAAGUUGAUCAGUGGCUAGAAUACUGGCAGCUCCAGUUAGAGAAAUACUUAAAUGAUACAACUCAAGUAUGCGGAGCUCUGAAGGUAAGAAUUUGCCACACAUCCUUAGCCUUUAUUUUAAGUAAAGACCUUGGUGAAGUAGGUGUACUGGUAUUUUUCUCAAGAUAUUGUAGUUGAUAGAUUUUAUAAAUUUACAACAUUAGCAUUAGAUGUGAAUUAUAUGAAGUCCAAAAAUCACAUGAAAGUUCAGUCCACAAGCAGUUUUACAGUGAAGCAUUCCUAGGGAGAAUAAAAUUUGAACUUGCAAUGUUGAGCUCAUUAUUGAUUUUAAUAUCCCAUUCUCCGGUUGAAGAAUCAAUACAUGUAAUUAAAAAAAAUACUUGAUUCAAGAAUUGAAUUGUGACUGGAUUAAUAAGGCAUCAAUCUGCAAAGUGGCAAAGAGAAGUCAAUCUAUGAAGUCACUUUACCAACCUUGAAAAUAUUAUUUACCUGUACUGUAACCUUAACCUGUGGAGCAUGACCGACUGUCCCCAAGACUGAAAUGAAUAAUCCAAUAUUUGAGUGAAAUCUUGAAACCAAUAAUGAAAUCAACAUUAAAAUAAUCAAGUUCACAAUAGGGCCAUUAAGAGGAAAAAUAAGACGCGAACUUUCCGUAUUAACGGCACAUUUCGUCUAAAAUAAGACGUGGCUUAGCUAAGACGCGUCUUAUUAGAUAAGACAUGCUCGUAUAAAUGGUACAGUUCGCGUCUUAUUUAAGACGCGUCUUAUUUUUCCUCGUAUAAAUGGCCCUAUUGUUUUCUUCCCAGGGAUGCUUGACCAUGUAAUUCACUGUAAAAUACUAACAAAAUUAUGGGAAAAGUGGUGCUUUCUAAAGCAGGGAUGUUCGAUCUGUUUCACUGAGAAUUGACAGAAACCUGCCUGAUCAAAAUUCCAGGACUAAAAAAAACCUUGAAUUUCCAGUUUGUCUAGUGGACAAACAACUCUUAUAUUUUGUGUCCAGCAUCAUUGCUUGCUCUUCUAAGGGUGUGUUUGAUUGACCAUAUUCCAGAAAUUAAAUGGAAUAAGGUCUAGAAAUCACUUGUUUUGGCAUUCAUUGCAUUGUAAUGUCUAGUAGUCUGCUUGAAAUAAAAUGUGUUGCAUUCAGGUAUAUUUCCAAAAUAUUUAAUAUUGCACAGUACAAGAGAUUUGUCACAAAACUUUUGCGUAUUCUUAUUCCAGAAUACAAUUAAUUGAACACACCCUCAGUUUACGUUGUCCAUUGGCAAGUGAGCUUUUAAAGUCACUUGCCCAACAAGAAAGGCUACUUGUCAGAGACCACUGGACGAGACCUUUUUUAAUCCCUAGAAACCCUCAAGGUUUUUGUUCAGGAAACUAUAAAGGUAACUUAAAUAUUCUUAUUCUUGUUCAGGAUCUUAACAAGUUUAUGUCUAAGAGAGUGUACCUUGUGGGUCAUGAGCUGACCCUAGCAGAUAUCAUGUUGUACUAUGCUUUGCAUCCUGUUAUGUUGGAAUUAACUGUGCAUGGGAAAGAACAACUCAUAAACUUAUCAAGGUGGUUCAAUCAGGUAUUGUUUCAACUAAAUAUUAAUAGCAGAAGUGCAUGCAGCGGAGCAUCAUGGGUAAGAAAAUUUGGUUAUCAAUGCAUCCAAGAAAUUUUGGUUCUGACAAAAUCGUCCGUAUUUAUAUCCGCCCCUUCAUGUAAGCUGGGGUGAAAGUUUGCACCCACCUGUUUUGGGAGUAAAUAGCAUAGCUACCCGAACUUAUAGAGAUAAAAAACAACAAUACCAAAGCCAAUUCUUUCUUUCAACUUAAUUUUAAUGUCUACAGAUGCACAUUGACUUGGAUAACAGAGAAAGAGCUAGAGUAAGAGAUGAAAAACAAAUGAGACCAAUUUUGUUGGAAUUAAAACAUGAACAUUUUGUAGCGCAUUGGGAAAAUGAGAAGUGGUAGUAGCCACCAAGGGGAAAGUGAGUGGCAGUAAGAAAAAGUGAACAGGAACACAUACAACAUUUCCUCCAUAAAACGUGUGCUGCACAUGCAAAGUUGUUGUUUUUUUUUUUUUACUAAAUUAGACCUACUGAUUUUUUUUUGGCCCGUUUCGUUGCUGUUGCUGCUUAGCAUUACACUAUUAUAUAUUUUGUUCGAGUAAAUGAUGGAUAUUAAUGAGAACUUUGCUUUUAGUGCUGGCUAAAUCUAUAUAUAUUAGAUCAUAAUAUUUAAAACUUGUGUGGUGGGUGUGGUUAGGGAGGCCAAGGCAACAUAAAAAAAGCAUAUACAGUGUAAAAACAUCCCCUUGAUUUAGAGGUCAGUUUUGACAGUGCAUUCAAGUUACAGAAUGAUUCAUAAUUUUUGGCAACAACUUGGAUAUGCUGCAAGACAGUGCAUUACCUAAACUCAGGAAAGAUGAUAAAGUACAACACUAUGGCCAAAUUCUAAAUCACAAGAGCCCAAUGGUGCCUUGUACCAGUGGGGAAUUUCAAGUGUUAUGAGUCUGAAAUAAGUAUGUUGUUUGAAAAAGAAAUUCACUGUACAAUUCAUUAUAACCUCUUAUUAUAUAAUCACCAAUGAAAUACCAGGUGAGCUUUUGUGUGAAAACAUAAAAGAUUAAAAGAUCACUGUUGCUACACUAUGGCUACAUAAUAAAUUGCACCUUUUGCAACAAAAAAUAUUUAAGUGAAAUUGUUUGGCAUUUCAUUGGUGUUUAUAUAAUAAAUAGAACAUUGCAUGGCUGCUUGGAGAUUCAUGAAAUAUAUUUCAACACUCAAAAGAGAAAUUUUGUAUCUCUGCACGGCCAUGUAAUAUCCUCUGUUUAGUGUAUGGUGCAAUAACAGUCUUCUCUUAUUGAUGUCAACUAUUAAAAAUUAAGUAAGUUCUUAAAAAGUCCCAACAUUUUUCAGGAAGAUGUCAGUUGUCUACUCUUUAUCACAGUCAAAGUAUUUGUGACAUGUGAAGGAUCAAUUUUCAAGGUUGUGACAAACAUCCUGAUGUACUUUUAUCUUUUUUCUGAUGUAGGUGCAGUGUUACCCUGGAGUCAGACAAUAUCUGCCAGAAGUCUCGUUCCUACGUAACACCCUCUAUGGCUGA